ACAGCUCAAAGUCCUGGGCUAUAAAUUCCCAACUUUCUUUAGCUUUCUGCACCUCGAUUCAGAGCAGAUUACUUUCCAUGGAUUUUACCAUCCUGGCUGUGGUCUUCUUGACCCUCUCCUGCUCCCUUGCGCCUGCAGAAGCCAGAAACUAUAAUUCUAUCCUCACAGUGUCAAAUGGAGGACCGUGGGGUAUUUGGGGUGCAAUCCAGUUUUGUCCAGCAGGAUCUUAUGCUCAUGGUUUCUCACUGAAGGUAGAGCCAGUUCAAGGCAUUGGGGAUGAUACAGCCCUGAAUGGAGUCCGUCUCCACUGCACUGAUGGAUCAAUAAUUGAGUCUUCAGUUGGACCGUGGGGAUCCUGGAAAGAAAUUAAAUACUGUCCCCAAGGCAAUCUGGUCUCUUUCUCUCUGAGAGUGGAAGAACACCAAGGCAAAGGCGAUGAUACAGCAGCCAACAACGUCCAGUUCACCUGCCAAGACGGAACUGCACUGACAGGCCAGGGACUUGCCUGGGGUAGAUUUGGCUCUUGGAGCAGUCGCUGCUAUUCUGGUUCUGUCUGCGGGAUCCAGACAAAGGUGCAGGGUUACCAAGGCGAGCGCGAUGACACAGCACUUAAUGAUGUGGAGCUCUUCUGCUGUCGCUGAACACUAUGGUGUCUCCUUAUCAUACAGUGUUUCUCUGCUACUAUCAGUUGUCAUGGAUGUUAACCACAAUUAAAUAUCAGCUUGAGAAUGGUGUGUGUCUAUUCUGAACCAAAUUACUUAACUCUGCACCUAUCACUUCCCAAUGAGAGGCAAUGAAAAA